AUGACUGUCUCUGAUGGGUUUGCUAGACAGAGGGAGUCUAAUACCAAGCUGGGAUUCCAUCAAAGCCACUAUGACUACUCUCUAUUCACCAGGCAAGUUGAUAGUGAUAUACUUGUUGUACUAGGCUAUGUGGAUGACUUACUAGUUACAGGUAGCAACACUGGUCUAGUAGAGGAUACAAAAAGAGGCCUACAAAAGCAAUUCAAAAUGAAAGACUUAGGUGAGCUGAAGUUCUUCCUAGGCAUUGAAUGUGCUAGAUCCAGUCAAGGAAUUCACAUGUCUCAGAGAAAAUAUGCACUGAAACUAAUUGCUGAAUGUGGGCUAGGAGGAGCUAAACCUAUAGGAACACCAUUAGAACAUAAUAAGAAGCUUACAUCAGUGAAAUAUGAUGAACACAUUUCACAUGAAGGCAGAGUUGAUGACCAGCUACUGCAGCAGCCUGAAAUGUACCAAAGACUUGUGGGAAGAGUCUUGUACCUCACCAUGACCAGGCCAGAUAUAGCCUUCUCAGUUCAGGUGUUGAGCCAAUACAUGCACAAUCCCAAGAAGUCACAUAUGGAAUCAGUAUUGAGAGUGGUCAGGUACCUCAAGGAAGCUCUUGGCCUUGGGCUGCUAAUGUCAUCUAAAUAUACAAAUACACUGACUGCCUAUUAUGAUUCAGAUUGGGGUGCUUGUCUGGAAACAAGAAGAUUUGUCACUGGAUACCUAGUAAAGUUUGGAGGAUCACUAAUCUCUUGGAAAUCUAAGAAACAAGAGACAGUAUCCAGAAGCUGA